AUGUCACCAUCGUACGAAUCGGAAUGUCACGACAAGCAGGUCGCCUUCACUGACGAAAGUGGCGACGAUGCCUCGUUGUCGGAAAUUACCGGCCCGGCUAUUCGCAUGUCAAGAUGGGAACGAUUGAAGAAUCUUCUACUGUACGCGAUCUACAGUGUCUUUCUGCUCUCAUAUAUGCUGCUUUUUCUUGCCUACACGAAGUCCGUAAACAGCAGAGUUGCCGUAGACCCGUCCCGAAUGGGCCUUGAAGGUAUACCUCACGUUACAGUCCCGCUCGGUGCGAGUGUCGCGGAGGCGCGGCUCGCCAGUCACAAAUCACUGACCGUCAUAGGGGUCUACGGCGAUGCGCCUUUGGGGUCUCACAGGCAGAUACUACAGAAGGCCGGUUUUCACGACGGCCCGCCGAAUGCCUAUGAAGGACGGCCGACAGCCGAGAAUGACGCUGCCUGGGCAGACCUUAUGAGCGUUGGCAUGAUAUCCAUCUCCGAGGCAGAAAAUGCGAGGCUCCCCAUGGGUGGCUCCGCUCAAGUACGCGAUGCGAACGGCUUGGUUCCCGACAAGUAUCUCGUUCAGACGUCUGUCUCUCAUCAGCUACACUGCCUGAAACGUCUUCGCGAGCUCAUAUGGGACAGCGGGAAGGGACUGGCGGAGCACUGGCAGUACGGACACGGGUCCCACUGCAUUGACUACCUGAGACAGUCCCUCAUGUGCCAUGGGGAUCUGACUCCCAUCUACAUGAUGUGGUCGGAGGAACACGGGUCCUUCAUGGGGGUCCAGGAGAACAUUAUGCAGUGUCGCUCGUGGGAAGCCAUCGUGGAGUGGUCGGCUGCGAGGAACGAUACAGGGAUGCGGGUCGACGGAAAUCAUGGCAAGAACACCAAGACUCAUGGUUUGGUUGAAGGAGAUUGA